CGCUGCGUUCCCAGCGCAGGGUCAGACUGGCCACAGCCGCCGCUCGGAGGUUUCUAAGGGGACGCGUGAGCGAAGGCCGGAGGGCGUGCAGGCGAACCCGCGGCGAGCGAGGCGGGAGCGAAAGCGGCGAAAGAGCCAACAGCAGCCGCGCGGCGGCUGGGAGCGACGCGGUCGAGGUUCCUGAAAAGUUGGGUGCGGGCUCGUGCCACUGCGCCCGCGGUCCGAGCGAUGAAGAUGGUCGCGCCCUGGACGCGGUUCUACUCCAACAGCUGCUGCCUGUGCUGCCAUGUCCGCACUGGUACUAUCCUGCUCGGCGUCUGGUACCUGAUCCUCAAUGUCGUGGUGCUGUUGAUUCUGUUGAGCGCCCUGGCUGAUCCAGAUCAGUACCACUUUUCAAGUUCUGAACUGGGAGGUGACUUUGAGUUCAUGGAUGAUGCCAACAUGUGCAUUGCUAUUGCAAUUUCUCUUCUCAUGAUCCUCAUAUGUGCAAUGGCGACUUAUGGAGCUUACAAGCAACAUGCUGCCUGGAUCAUUCCCUUCUUCUGUUACCAGAUCUUCGAUUUUGCCUUGAACACCUUGGUCGCCGUCACUGUGCUCGUUUAUCCGAGCUCCAUUCAGGAGUACAUACGGCAGCUGCCUCCUGAUUUUCCCUACAGAGAUGAUAUCAUGUCAGUGAAUUCUACCUGUUUGGUCCUUAUUAUUCUUCUGUUUAUCAGCAUUAUCUUGACUUUCAAGGGUUACCUGAUUAGCUGUGUUUGGAACUGCUACCGAUAUAUCAAUGGCAGGAACUCCUCCGAUGUCCUUGUGUAUGUUACCAGCAAUGACACUACGGUGCUGUUGCCCCCGUACGAUGAUGCUACUGUGACUGGCGCUGCCAAGGAGCCACCGCCACCUUAUGUGUCUGCCUAAGCCUGCAAGUGGGCAGAGCUGAGCAUGACCUUGACUUUUCAGACAGCAGAGCAAUAGUUCCUUAAUUUCAUUUCUAGGAUGAGCUUUCUGAGCUUAUUUGUUUCUGAAAGGUUCCAGUUUAAAAUUUUUAACAUUAAGUUGAAACCCUCUGUAGUUUUAGAUGUAUGCUUUAGCUGAGCACUCUGAUAGGUUAACCGUCGAGUUCUUUCUGUAGGGAUCGAGUAGAAGAGGCUUCCCUAGACCUCCCUGGGCUUCCUGGGCACUGAAACUACCCAACAAUCCAGAUGAACCUCGAGUCACAGAAGUCUGUCUAGUUUUGUACAUAUCAGACCCCCAAAAGUUGAUGAGUUAGUCAUAUUUUUUUCUCUGUUUCCUCUUUCUCUUUUGAAAGUGUAAAAUAAAAUCAAAAUUAGACACUUCAGUAUGUAGAAGAAACCCUUAUGAGAACAAGGAUGUUAAUUGUGAAUCAUUGCUCCAGUUAGGUAAAUAGGAGUCCGUAUAUAUGUAUAAACAAAACAGGAAGUUCCUUUAGAUCCUUUAUGGCUUAAAUUCAGUGACCAUUUGAGUGUUCUGGCCAGGGUUAAAUUGGGAUCGUUGGACAAUCCCCAGCAGUGCGGGAGCGGUCACUACUGUGGCUGUUCAUGUGCACCCUGUUCUGAGGCCAUGGAAUGGCGUGUCGCGUCUGAGUCACAGGGGUGAGCUGAUGUGUUUGGGCAGCGUGAUACCUGGUGUUCCUGUCCCUGCCCAGGGCUGCCUUUCCCUGAGUGUUGUGCCCUGGCCUGAUUUAAGGAGGACAUCCAUUUCACUCUGUCUUGUGGCAUCGCUGAAAAUGUGUUUAGCUAAUUAUAUAACAGGUUUUUUUCUCUCCCUGCAAGGCACAUCUUACUACUUUGAACUCCCAAGUAUAUCUAGUCAUCUUCCAAAAUGAGUGCAUAGCAGUCUUCAAAAAAAGGAGGAGGGGUACUUUCCUGGAGGAACGCCCUUAUCUUGAUUACCCAAGUUCCAAGGGGUUUUUAUAUAUUCGUGUACUCAAGGGUCACGGCUCUCCUGUUUGUUCAUUUUCCAAUGUGCUGUAAAUGAAUGCUUUUACGAUUAAAGUGAGAUUUGACCACA